AUGGGAGCCUCUGUUUCCGUCGUUUGCGCGAACAUUGCUCUAGAGGAUCUGGAAAGUGCCGCCUUAUCUUCAUUCGGAACGCGGCCAAAGCUAUUUCUAAGAUACGUGGACGACUGCUUCUGCAUUAUCCCUCGCCGGCACGCAGCACAUUUCCUCGAGCACCUAAAUUCCUUUAAGCCGAGUAUACAGUUCACGGCUGAAGAGGAAAACAAUGGGCGAAUUCCCUUCCCGGAUGUCCUCGUAGAGAGAACUUCAGGCGGCUUGAAGACUAGUGUCUACAGGAAGCCAACGCACACCGGAAAGUACCUGAGCUACGACUCGGCGCACCCAAUUGGGCAAAAACGAUCCGUCGCAGCAGCACUUUUCUCCCGGGCCUUCCGCGUCUGCUCUAGCCCCACGAAACGUCGGCAAGAGCUACAGGUUGUAAAAAGGGACCUGCUGAGCAAUGGCUACCCUCGACAACUGCUCAGAACGCUGGAGCGCAAAUCAGCGAAGCCCCGCCGUGAAACGGCGAAAGAAACAGGGAAGCGCGCAGUGGUACCCUACACAGUGGGAACAAGCGAAGCCCUGGCACGAAUUUUUAAGGGCUACGGUGUUCAGAUCGCCCACGUGCCUUCCCGAAAACUUGGCCAACAGCUGGAUCUCGCCGGGUUUCAUGACAGUGGGAGCAAUGGUCUGGGUGUUCCCUUGCCGAAGAGCCUAAACAAUCACAGUGGAACAGAGCGCUGCGCGAACCGCUGGGUUCCUUUGAGUACCAUCAAAUGGAGCUACCUUUCUCGCAUCCGCGACAGUGGAGGUGCUGGCCAUGCGUGG